GACUCUCUGUGUCUCAGUGAGUCGACUCGCGGAUCUGCGGGGACGCGCGUAGUGAUUUCGGCGCUGGCAUGACGACUGUCGCGCGGGAUUACUUACACAACAGCACGGGAUGACGUUUAAAAGAGUUAAAACCAGCCGGCUCUGCGUGCAGGUAAUAUUCCUAGCUUAGUCAGAGCUCAUGCACUGUGAAAGAUGGACCGCAAAGUCAGCAUCAGACGCGCCACUUCGGCUGGUUACCGCUUACCGGAGCGCCCCAGCGUUGCCCUGGCCUCUCAGUCCUCGGUGUCCGUGAAGAAACCACCCCAGAGCGCGCAGAGGGACACGAGCGAGACACCGCCGGAGCGGGACCCCGACACGCGGGACCCGGUGAAGCAGGACCGGGUGUGGAGAGAGCUGGUGCGCGCGGAGAGAGAGAAGGUUAAAGAAUGGGAAAAGAACUGGAGUUUUCUGAAAGACUUUGAUCAGCUGGGUCAUCCCAGGACGGAGGCGCCGCUGCCCAGCUCCGUCUCUCUGUUCUCCGACACGAUCCCCAACACUAGCAACCAGAUGUUCGGCAGUCGUGUGUGCACCGAACUCGGUAAAGAGCUGAUGCGAAUGGACAAGCUGCUAUUGCUAACAACGACACACCAAAAAACCAAAGCAAGCCCUGAAAUGCAGCCCUGCUGACACCAGGUCCUGAUCCACGCCCGAGGUCUGAGCCAACACAGAGAUUUAGUUUUUUAGCUUUUUUAAAAUAGUUAUCAACAUCAACAAGUAAAACUCUUGCGUUGAUGAAGCAGAUAUUUCACUUCUCAUCUGUCCAACAAUUGCUUUUUUGAGAGAUUUGGGACCCACAAACUUUUGGUGAUAUUAACUGCUGAUCAGCUGUUUUACUUUUUAGUUUUCACACAAUAGUUUUUUUUUUUGUCUUCCACAGGUUGUGCGAUAGCUUCUUGCAAAGCUAAGCAAUUCUGGGUACUACAUAUACGCUUCGGUUUUGUUUACAAAUAUUUAUACUGCGUUUAUGAAUGUAAAGUAGGCAUGUUGUAAUCAUGUCUUGCAUUCGUGCUGUUUUGUGUGAAAGCAGCAGGACUCCAGAGUUACAACAUGAACAUAAGCUUCAUGUAAAUAAUAUCUUAACAGAAAUAUAUCUGUCAUGAAUUCAUCGAUCAAGCUAGCAGGACAGACGCCUGAAUCUGCUACAGCUUAGUUUAUAAAAUAAAUCCUUUUCAUGAUCAGCUGAGUGUUAGUGUUAAUGAGCUAAGGGCUGGGGUUGAACUGGAGAAAAAUCCAUUAAUUAAGUGUCUGGGUUCUUGCGCCAUGUUUCCUCCCAAAUAGCGCCAUCUAGGUUGUAUAUCUCACAAAUGCGUUUCUUGUAGAGCAUAGGUGUCAAACCGGAUCCACAAAGGGUCGGUGUGGGUGCAGGUUUUCAUACGUGCAGGUGUGGCUUCUGCUCGGUUGGAAUGAAAACCUGCACCCAAACUGGCCCUGUGUGGAUCCGGUUUGACACCUAUGUUCUAGAGGAACGGUCAAAAAUUCCCAUAAACACACUCCUAAACCUUGUGGAAAGCCUUCCCAGAAAGGUUAAAGCUGUUAUAGCUGUAAAGGGCGGGACAACUCCAUAUUACAUUCAUGUACAUGGAAAGGCAGACGUCCCAAAACUUUUGGCAAUACCGUGUAUCAUGUGAUUAUGUCAAACUGCAAUAUCACAUAGACAUUUUUAAAAAAAUAUUUUUGCUGCUUCUUAUAUAAGUAAAUAAAAAUAUAUGAGUUCUUAUAUUGGAUUUAUUACAAUAAAAACUGAUACAGUGACAAAUCAGGGUUUUCUUCCACUUUUCACCCUGCUUUAUCACCGUCACAGUUAACAGGCUGAACCUUGUUGUUUUGUUCCUCUGAAUGUUGCCGAGCGCGUGGGAGUUCUUAUCAGCGGCUUUCAGAUAGAAGGAGAACGUGGGCGACGGAGGUGGGAUCACAUGGAGCGUCUGGCAUGUUCCUGUCUAAACGUCUCCCAGUAAAACGGUCCUGAUGCCUCUGGUUCUGCUUUGACUCAUCGCCGACUAACUCACGCCUCCGUGGAAAACAGGUGCACUGAGGAUUCAUCAGAAAACCAUCAAACCCACGCUCACAGCUGUUUGUUUUUUCUGUAAGACAAUUAUCAAAGAUAUGGAGCAGUUUCUGUAAAAACAGAAUGGAGAUUGGAAUUCUCUGCCAAAUCUCAAUAAAGAUUUAAAGAUUUUUGUGCCAUUGCUU